AUGUUGCUUCCUCCGCAAUUCAUCCUAGCAAUCAGUAAGACGAUGGUGAGGCAACUUGUUUGGCAACGGGCCACCGCCUCUCAGAGGUUGGCUCCGAAAUGCCUCUCCCCGCAGAGACUACUCAGUCGCCGUGGCCUGGCCACUGAGGCGUCACCCUCAUCCUCCCGUCUACCUCCCUACCAGAAGAUCGUACAGAACCUUGAAAACGUUCGCCGAGUUCUUGGGCCGUCGCGAAACCUGACCCUGGCGGAGAAGAUUCUCUACGCCCACUUGGACAACCCCGAGGAGUCCCUGUUGACCGGUACCGACAAUGGACGAGAUAUUCGCGGCAAGGCCAACCUCAAGCUGAAGCCGGACCGCGUGGCCAUGCAGGAUGCGUCAGCCCAGAUGGCGUUGUUACAGUUCAUGUCCUGCGGCCUGCCCUCGACAGCCGUGCCUGCCAGUAUCCACUGCGACCAUAUGAUUGUGGGCGAGCGCGGAGCGGACACUGAUCUGCCUGCGUCUAUCAAGGGCAACAGCGAGGUGUUUGACUUCCUGGAGAGUGCUGCGAAACGCUAUGGCAUUGAAUUCUGGCCCCCAGGCGCUGGAAUCAUCCACCAGAGCGUGCUGGAGAACUACGCUGCUCCUGGUCUGAUGAUGCUGGGAACCGACAGUCACACCCCGAAUGCGGGUGGUCUGGGUGCCAUUGCCAUUGGUGUGGGAGGUGCGGACGCUGUUGACGCGCUGGUUGAUGCCCCCUGGGAACUCAAGGCGCCCCGCGUGCUGGGCGUGCGUCUGGAGGGCAGGCUGAAUGGAUGGGCUGCUCCCAAAGAUAUUAUUCUUCACCUGGCUGGCAAGCUCACCGUCCGCGGUGGAACCGGAUUCAUCAUCGAGUAUCACGGACCGGGCUUGGAAACCCUAAGCUGCACCGGUAUGGCCACCAUUUGCAACAUGGGAGCUGAGGUGGGCGCAACCACUUCGGUAUUCCCCUUCUCCCCCAGCAUGGUUCCCUACCUGAAGGCGACUCACCGGGCGGAUGUUGCCCAGGCCGCGUCCAAGAUUGCUGCUUCCGGGCCCCGUAACCUUCUCCAGGCUGACAAGGCUGCCGAGUACGACCAGCUGAUCACCAUUGACCUGUCCACACUGGAGCCGCAUAUCAACGGCCCCUUUACCCCUGACUUCUCCGUGCCUUUGUCUUCCUUUGCCGACACCGUUCGCGAGAAGGGAUGGCCGGAGUCUCUCGGUGCCGGCUUGAUCGGCAGCUGCACAAACAGCUCCUACGAGGAUAUGACCCGUGCGGAGAACCUGGUCAAGCAGGCGUCCGCCGCCGGACUCGAGCCCAAGUCCGACUUCUUCAUCACCCCCGGCAGCGAGCAGAUCCGGGCCACGCUGGACCGUGAUCAGACUCUGUCGACCUUCUCCCAAGCGGGCGGCACCGUGCUGGCCAACGCCUGCGGUCCGUGCAUCGGUCAGUGGAAUCGCACCGAUGGCAUCCCCAAGGGCGAGGACAACGCCAUUCUCACCUCGUACAACCGGAACUUCCCUGGUCGGAACGACGGCAACCGGAGAACCAUGAACUUCCUGGCCUCCCCGGAGUUGGUCACGGCGAUGGUCUACUCGGGCAGCACUACCUUCAACCCCAUGACCGACAGCCUCAAAACGCCCAGCGGCGAGGAGUUCCGGUUCCAGCCCCCCACGGGCUACUCGCUCCCCAGCGCUGGGUUUGCCGACGGCAACCCAUCUUUCCAGCCCACCGCCGCGGUCCCGGACGCGUCCUGCGACGUGAUUGUCUCCCCCACAUCAGAUCGCCUCGCCCUGCUAGAGCCCUUCGCCCCGUUUCCCAAGGGCGACUUGUCGGGUCUCAAGGUGCUGUACAAGGUCAAGGGUCAGUGCACGACGGACACUAUCUCCGCCGCCGGCCCGUGGCUGAAGUACAAGGGCCACUUGCCCAAUAUCUCCGCCAACACGCUGAUUGGGGCCGUGAACGCCGCCACCGGCGAGACGAACGUGGCCUACGACGAGGCCGGCAAGCAGUACUCCAUCCCCGACCUGGCCGCGCAGUGGAAGGCCCAGGGCGCGGAGUGGCUGGUCGUGGCGGAGGAGAAUUACGGCGAGGGUAGCGCGCGCGAGCACGCCGCCCUGCAGCCCCGCUACCUGGGCGGUCGCGUUAUCGUGGCCAAGAGCUUCGCCCGCAUCCACGAGACCAACCUGAAGAAGCAGGGUGUCGUGCCCUUGACCUUUGCCAACCCGGCCGACUACGACCGCAUCGACGCCUGCGACGUCGUCGCCACCCACGGUCUGUACGACGUGUUGCAGGCCGGCGGCCAGGGCUCAAUCCAGCUCCGCGUCACCAAACGCUCCGGCGAGUCCCUUGAUAUCCCGGUCAAGCACACCCUCAGUCCCGACCAGUGCGCCUUCGUCCUGGCCGGUAGCGCCUUGAACCUGCUGGCCCAGAGAGCCAACCCGAAAAGCGAGUGAUUAUAUCCAGCGAAGUGUACAUAUAUCCAUGUGUUGUUUUUUUUUUGUCCGUAUUUUGUGUGUACUUUCGACAUUCAUAGUCGGCUUUCUUUAGAUUUGGACAUGAUAAAUAUCUACCAGACC